AUGGCAUUGAAAGAUACGGCUACCGGCGACAAUACCGAUAAAGGGCAAAUGUUGAGAACGAUCAGUAUGGAUAUUCGCGAGGAGCGUGAGGAUCUCAAAAAGGCUGCAGAAGAGUCCUUGAACGCUAUUCUGGAACUCGACCUCGAAGGCAAUGUGAGAUGGGUCAGUCCCUCGUGGCAGGACGUAGCCGGCAGCCCUGCGGACAGCGUGCUGGGCAAGCCGAUUGCCGAUUUUGUCGUCGACCAACCCACAGUCUUUGCCGAUUGCGUUGAGGCUAUGCGCAAGGACGACUCCAAGAGCCACUUCGUCCGCUUCACAAUCAAGGCGGGUACAACCGUUGACUCUGAGGAUGCCUUCUCUGCGGACGACAAGACGCCAGUGGAGCCUAAAGCGGGGUUGGAGACAAUGCCAGAACCUGGACAGGAACAGACAGACAAAUGUCAGCCGGCUGAAAGUGAGCAAACGGUUGAUUUGGAGGGUCAAGGUAUCAUGGUGUACGAUCGGACGACUGGGCAGGAGAGUCACACCAUGUGGAUGGUGAAGCCGGCAGUGUCGCGUGAGAUCACCAUCGAUCUCCCGCAAGUGCUCGUGGACUCUCUUGGCAUUGGCGCGGAGAUGCUCGCCAACUAUCUCACCUUGCUGGCCGACGUGGGAGUGUACGACCCCGGAAACCAUCCACCACCGUUACCAGUCCUUUGUCGCAUCUGCGAGCGCCAGAUCACGCCUUGGUGGUUUGAGAAACAUACGGAGCUGUGCUCACAGGAACAUCGAGCCGAGAUGGAAGUGCAAAUGGCACAGGAAUCUCUGAAUGAGCAGCGCUCGGCACUCGUCAAGGUGCUUGACGUUUUGGAGUCGCAGGCAAAUCUAGCGAAGAGGUCUGGAUCGGACGCUGGGUCGCCAGCACCCUUCCCCAAGGCAGAGUACAAGGGAUUACCAAUCGGGCCGAACUCCGCACCCUCAUCCAGUCCGUCUUCUGGACGUUCAACACCUUCUGCUCAUGUGCCACGAUCACGGGACUCAUCAGCAAGUGGAUUCAGCCAUCAGAGGGCAAGAUCAUUCGCGGUUCGGCGACCUCUUGCGCGGAUCGUGGAGCUGGUUCUCGACCUCUGCGAUACAGCGAUGGAGAUCAGCACCCCAUCCAUCAAAGACACCCGGGGCUACGCUCCAGGGGAGUUGAGAACGCAGUCGCCUCAGUCUGAGGGUCGGAUUCAGCAAGUCAUGCAGUGGCAAUCACCGAGUGCCGGAUCGCUCGAGAACGAGACUGGUCUUUCCUUGCUCUGUGAUGACACUUCAUCGUUGGCCAGAACCAAAGUCGAGGCCGUUUUUCGCCAUCGUCGGAUCUUGGAAUACUCUGAACGCAUUCGUAUCGAGUACGACAUAUUGGUUCAGGAAUGCAUCGAAGCAGCUCUGCAGAAAGCGGCAAGGAUCGCAGCAGGUGACAUGAGCGACUCCAGUUCAACUGAAGACUCGGCAAGUUACGAGGCGUCCGUACAGGAGCAGUCUCAAGAACACGCCACCGCGGCUAUAACCGAGCAGACAGAGCAAGUCAGCGCAGAAGAAAUGUUUAGCAUGUCUUCUUUCAGAUCCCAUGGCAGUCCCUCUGCCAUGGCGAUGGCUCUACGCAACUCGUCUGAUCCGCUUCAGCGCAGACCAUCCUCGGCGGAAUCAUCUCGAGCGAGCAGUCCUCGCGGCGCGACCACACCAAAAUCGUACACGGCUCCGACAGAACCGUUCCCACUCCACAAACGCGGAUCGAUUGCUCUCGAGAGUGAUGCUGGAAUGGAAAGUGAUAGCAGUAUGCGCUCGUCCAUUGCCAGCGGCAGCCAUCGACGUGCCGAUUCUCCUGGCGCCGAGCUGAGUCUCAGUCGCGUUGCAAGUACCAGAUCUCGCGACCGGAAACGGCAGAGUCUGGUUCUACCCAGCCUCACCAACAACGGACGACACCAGUCUCCGGGACGAGGACCACCUGCUCCAUCGUCUCCCUUGCGCAUGGCGAAGCCCAGGCUACCAAGCGGCACCGACAGUAAUCCUUCCCCAGUCACGUCGCCUAUUCUGACCCAGAGCGAGUUCAAUUCACCGGUCAUAAGGGCCCAACACCACCACAAUCAUCAUCGACGACAGUCGUCUGCGGCACUGUCCGAAGCUCUGGGCCGGCCAGCAUCCCCUCGCCUUAGCGCUGUCAUCAGCAAUCCACAGCCGAAAGCGGUGCAAACUUCCAUCAAAGACUUUGAGAUCAUCAAGCCUAUCAGCAAGGGCGCUUUCGGCAGUGUGUACCUCUCCAAGAAGAAGUCAACUGGCGACUACUACGCCAUAAAGGUGCUCAAGAAGGCCGACAUGGUCGCCAAGAAUCAAGUCACCAACGUGAAAGCUGAGCGAGCAAUCAUGAUGUGGCAAGGGGAGAGCGACUUUGUCGCGAAACUGUAUUGGACUUUCUCGAGUAAGGAGUACCUGUACCUGGUCAUGGAGUAUUUGAACGGCGGCGAUUGUGCGUCGUUGAUCAAGGUGCUUGGAGCUCUUCCCGAGGACUGGACGAAGAAAUACAUUGGAGAGGUGGUGCUGUGUGUCCAGCAUUUGCACAGCAGACAAAUCAUCCAUCGUGACCUGAAACCCGACAACUUGCUUAUUGAUGCCAAAGGUCAUCUCAAGCUCACCGAUUUUGGACUAUCUCGAAUGGGUCUCAUCGGACGCCAGAAGCGAGCCAUCAAUGCCAAGCCAGGAGAUGUACCACCGGAUCUCCUUCAGGCCGGUCCGUUUCGUCGUGCGCCUUCCGUCACGUCCUCACGCUCCACAUCAUUCGAUUACCAAGGUCUCAACCAUUCGCCAGCCCAGACCCCGGCCCUGACCCCGGCCAUCAUCAAUAGCGACAUGAACCAGCCGUCCUAUUUCAGUCUGUAUCGUGAGAGCUCCCGUGAGCCCUCGCGCCGUACGUCAGGACACCGCAGUGACAGCGGCGAUAGCGAUGCAUUAGCGGCGAUGUUCAGACGCUUUUCUGUGGCCGACGGUAGAACGCCAAUCGAAGAAGAGACCGGCAGCGAGGAGGGAGGCGACUCACCCGAUCCUUACGCGCUACAACCUAUUGUGAGCCAUGCAAGCACGACCAGAACAGAGACGCCACCUCAACCGUCAAACAUGCCCCCGCCAAUGAUGGCGCUGUUCGACCCUGAGGAUAACACCCGCCGCUUUGUAGGGACACCCGAUUACCUUGCCCCCGAGACUAUUAAUGGCGCUGGUCAGGACGAGAUGAGUGAUUGGUGGUCACUUGGUUGUAUUCUGUUCGAAUGUCUUUACGGCAGGCCACCAUUCAACGCGGAUACGCCGGAGGAAGUCUUCCAGAACAUCUUGGCGCGGAACAUCCAAUGGCCAACUGAAGACGAAGAAGACCCCGUCUCAGAGGAAGCCAAGGACCUUAUGAACAAGCUAAUGUGUCUCGACCCUCAAGAACGACUCGGUUCGAAUCAAGAUGGCACGUACGACAACGGUGGCGAGGAAAUCAAAGCGCAUCCGUGGUUUGCUGAUAUCAACUGGGAGACACUCCGCGAAGACGAGGCCUCUUUCAUACCAGCCAGCGAGAACCCAGAAGACACGGAGUAUUUUGACUCGCGAGGUGCAACGAUGCAGAGCUUUGCUGCAGAGUUUGAAGACCAGUCUUCGUCGCCAGCACAGACUCCUGGCGCGGACUACCCAGACCGACCCCACGAUGCACUGUCGCGGGUUAGAAACCAGGUCAACUCUGUCAAGCGCAAUCUUAUGCCCUUACACAUCCCGCCUCAUGUGCGUGAUGGACGAUCACGACGAUUGAGUGAGCCCGUUGGUGGAGACGACUUUGGCAAUUUUCAAUUCAAGAAUCUGCCGGUGUUGGAGAAGGCGAAUAAAGACGUUAUCCAAAAGCUGCGCGCGGAUGCUAUGCAAGCGCAGGCGAAGACAGCGACUGGACAAUCUACGCCGCAAUCUGCAGCUGUCUCCCCGUCUCCAGGGCCUUCGCUAGAGUCCAGUCCAGUGGUCUCGGGGUCUCUCAAGCGCACACUGUCGACCAACAAAGGUUCAACAAGGCCGCAGUCACCGUCUGUCCUCAGCCAAACCAACUCUUCACCAAGCCGUGGAUCGCAGCCAUCGUCUCCGCUUCUGGUUUCCUUUAGCACCGGACAGAAUCAGGAACGCCGUAAGACUUCCAGCGGAUCAUCUAACUUGUCCCAAACGAACAGCAAUUCUUUGCAACCUGGCAACUUCUUUGAACAAGCUCCGAAGUUGCCGGUGACUUUCAAAACAUCGACGACCGCACCCUCUCCCGUGAAGCCGAGCAAGAGUGGAUCCGUUCACAUACCGAUGCAUCAUGAGAGAGCAGCAUCGACAAGUAGGCAAGCCAGCAUCGGCUCCCCUAGGCAACGAUCGCAGACCCUGGGUUCUACAGAUCAAGACGGCGAUCUUGUACCUGCGCUCAUACCUGCUCAGCAUCAAAAGCGUAGAAGCGGUGUGUUUGAUGUGUCUCCCUCUUCUUCUGACAACGAAGAGAGCAGACAUCAGGCGGCGCUUUUAAGAGUACAACGACGUCGGCAAAGCUCUCGCAGGUAUUCUCAGAUCAGUCUCACAGACGGGCCCAGCUUUCGCACAUUGGAUGUCCUCGUCUGCGAAGACCAUCCUGUGUCGAGGCUCGUGAUGGAGCGUCUGCUGGAGAAGUUGCGAUGCCGCACGAUCUCUGUCACUAACGGUUCCGAGGCGAUGCGCUACGCAAUGAGCGAAGUCAAGUUCGACAUCAUCAUGAUGGAGUACAAGCUGCCUCACGUGAACGGUGCUGAUGUUGCCCGCAUGAUCCGAGAUACCAAGAACGCCAACUCUCACACGCCGAUUGUCGCAGUGACCGGCUAUCUCAAAGAGCUUCAAGCGCCUCAUCAUUUCGAUGCGCUUGUGGAAAAGCCGCCAACAAAGGAGAAGCUAGAAGAGGUGAUGGGUCGCUUGUGCCAGUGGAGGACGCCCCCAGAAGGAUGGAAGCCAACGCCGACGCCCCCUCAGACAAUAUCACAAUCCAAGUUGCGAAAGGAGUCGACCACUACUGAUGAUAGCCCCACGACCACGUCAUCGAUGGGACCUUUCAGCAAUAGUAGCCAACAGCCGAGCAGGGAAGACUCGCUCACUUCCGGGUCGAUUGGCGAGACGGACAGCAGCAUCUAUGAUCCUAUUCCAGUGAUAAUCAGUCGGCAGCCCACGAAUGAGAAGAUGGAAGACCUCGAGCGCCAUCUUGGAGGCUUGGGGAUUUCCAACACUGUCAGUGCUGACCAUGCAGGUGCCAAGCAACAAACCCUCUCAGUUGGCAGUCCACCACGUUUGGAACAGCAUGAAUCCGCACCAGCUGCGCUUGAGACUGAGCCAACGGGACCGCGAAAGCGCCCUUCGAAUGAGGAAAUCCAAGCCAAGCGUCGGUCAUUGGAGAAAGGACGGCAAGAGUCGGCGGCUGAGAGUGGCGACGAUGAAGACGAAGAGCUUGGACUGUUCAAAGGGCGACAGCGUUCUCCUAAGAGGCACGUGAAACGCAGUUCGAAACUUGGCACUGAGAUGAUGCGAACGAAUAGCCAAGGAAGCGUGAUCUCUACUGACGAGCUGGUGUCUCCUCGCAUGCCAUCCAACACCAGUGCCGCUGAUUCGGAGAAUGUCAUUGUCGAAGAGUCUGCCCGAGAGGUCGAAGCCAGCGGCAAGUUGACACCGCCUGAAGUCUUCACGCAGCCCGGCGAUCAGGUCGAGGUCAUUGAUAUGGCGCUAGCCCCCGAGGACAGCGAAGCAACGCCAAAGCCUCAUCAUACAACCGACCCCGAUCCUGACCCAACGCCGCGGCCAGCUUCACGGCAGGAUUGA